AUUGUUUUCGAUUUUUUUUUUGGGACUUCUUCUAUUAUUUAAAAAAAAGACCCAGCUUUAUAACCUCACAAGCUUCUCCUCUCUUCCAUCGGUCAAAACCACAACUUUGUCUGACCUUCUCGUGUUGUUCCUCUUUCCUUACUUCUUCAAUUUUACUGAGUUUUUUUUUGUUUUUGAAGAAAAGCUUUCUAUUGGUUUUUAAUCGUAAAGGUAUCAUUACAAGUUUAAUUUCCCUAUAGUGUGUCUUUACCUUUUGCCUUGUCUCCCUCUCGCGACAAAAAGAGAAAGACAAACACUUUCUGUCUUUCUUUUUUCUUCUUCUCUCUGGCUUGGACCGGCCUUUUCACAUAUAAAUUUUUCUGAGAGUAAUUAGCUACAAAUUUUCUAGCUAAUUAUGGCCUUGGAGGCUAUUGUUUACCCCCAAGAUCCAUUUUCAUACAUCUCUUGCAAAAAUUUUCCGUUCCACGACUUAUACUUUCAACAAGAAGAAGAUCGAGAUCCACAAGACACCAAGAACAACAUUAAGCUAGGGCAAGAACUAGAACAAGAACAAAGGCUUGCGAGUAUUAAUUACGACGGUAACAAAAGCGGAGAGAGUGAUGUUUAUAUUUACAACGAGGAGGAUCUUCAAUGGCCACGAGACGACCUUCUUUAUGGAUCCGCCGUCGACACCGAGAACCAGCCUCCACCGUCGGAUGUGGCGACGGGAGGAGGUAGAAGGAAGAGGAGGAGGAUGAGGAGCAGCAAGAACAAGGAAGAGAUCGAGAACCAGAGGAUGACUCACAUCGCCGUUGAGAGAAAUCGCCGGAAACAAAUGAACGAAUACCUCGCCGUUCUCCGUUCUCUCAUGCCACCUUCUUAUGCUCAAAGGGGAGAUCAAGCUUCAAUAGUAGGCGGAGCCAUUAACUACUUAAAGGAGCUUGAGCAACAUUUACAAUCAAUGGAGCCUCCGGUAAAGACCACCGACGUGGCAGAAGAAGCCGGCGCUGCCGCCGGUGACAGCACCAACAUAAUCGCCGCCAGCUCAUUGGGACCAUUCUCAGAUUUCUUUGCAUUUCCUCAGUACUCGAGUCGGCCUUCGUCAUCGUCGGUGGCUGAGGGGACGGCGGAGAUAGAGGUGACGAUGGUGGAGAGCCAUGCGAGUGUGAAGAUACUUGCGAAGAAGCGACCGAGACAGCUUCUUAAACUUGUCGCAUCGAUACAGAGCUUAAGACUCACUCUUCUUCAUCUCAACGUGACAACUCGUGACAACUCUGUCCUCUAUUCCAUCAGCCUAAAGGUUGAAGAAGGGAGCCAGUUGAACACAGUGGAAGAUAUUGCAGCAGCUAUGAAUCAAAUCCUACGGAGGAUUGAAGAAGAGUCAUCCAGCUAAUAUAGUUGAAUUUUAGUUAUGACACAUUUAGAGGAACUCUAAUUUUUCAUGUGUGAUCUUUUACUCUUUUUCAUAUUAAAAUAAAUAAAAUAAAUAAUUUU